GGUGAGCAGUGUGUUGAAACGCUGGAAUGGCAGCUUGGAGCAGACUGAGGUGACAGCUGAGAGUAAAUAACAAACAAACAAACAAACAAACAACGUAGCUGCAGAGUUUCAGUCGUCAGGAUCCUCUCAGAUAAAAUGUCUUCUCCUGUGGUUCUGGUUCUGCUCCUGGUCUCGACCCCACUGAUCCUCUCUGCAGGAAGCAGUAAAUGUAUCUCCAGGAACUUUGGACACGACUCGGUGGUGUGCGAGUGCAACUCCACCUACUGCGACAGCAUCGGUCCGGUCCGGCUGCCUCCAGUAGGCCGGUUCUCCUCCUACCUGAGCAGCCUGGAGGGCAGCAGGCUGGAGGCUGGCGAGGCGGAGGUCCAGGUGAACGGCAGCUCCACAGGCCUCAGGCUGACUCUGGUUUCCUACCAGAAGUACCAGAAGGUCCGAGGGUUUGGCGGCUCCAUGACGGACGCAGCAGCCAUGAACAUCCUGUCUCUGUCUGCUGGGUCACAGGAGCAGCUGCUGAGGCAAUACUUCUCCUCUGAAGGAAUCGGCUUCAGCGUCGUUCGCGUCCCGAUGGCCAGCUGCGACUUCUCCACCCGCCUGUACACCUACGCCGACUCGCCUGGAGACUACGGCCUGGACAACUUCACCCUGGCAGCCGAAGACGUCCAUAUGAAGAUUCCUCUGCUGCAGCGAGCCCAGGCCCUGUCCCCCGGGCCUCUGUCCCUGCUGGCCAGCGCCUGGAGCGCCCCCGCCUGGAUGAAGACCAACGGUGCGCUGACGGGUAAAGGCUCCCUGAAGGGGCAGCCGGGGGGCAAAGAGCACAAAGCCUGGGCUCAGUACUACGUCAGGUUCCUGGAGGAAUACUCCAAAUACAACCUGAGCUUCUGGGCCGUAACCACCGGCAACGAGCCCUCUGCAGGCCAGAUGACCAACUACAGUUUCCAGGCUCUGGGCUUCACCGCCGAGCAGCAGAGGGACUGGGUGUCUCUGGACCUGGGCCCGGCCCUCCAUGCCUCGUCCUUUCCCAGAACCCACGUCCUGAUCCUGGACGACAACCGGCUGCUGCUGCCCCGCUGGGCCAAAGUGGUCCUUAGUGACAUCCAAGCAGGACGCUACAUCCAUGGUGUGGCGGUCCACUGGUACCUGGACCACCUGGUUCCGGCUGACAUCAGCCUGGACGUCAUCCACCAGCUCUAUCCAGAGUACUACCUGUUUGGCACCGAGGCCUGCGCCGGCUGGAGCCCGGCGGACCGCGGGGUGAAGCUGGGCAGCUGGGACCGAGCAGAACAGUACGCUCACGACAUCAUCCAGGUGGGAUCCUCGGCUGCGUGUUCGGUCACGUCCACAGAGUCUCCGUCGGCGGUCCAGUUCGAGGUCUGGGAUCCCGCCGUGGGCUUCAUGCCCUCCACCGCUCCGCCUCGCUCUCUGCUCACGCUGGCUUGGAACACACGCUGA